GCUUGAAGGAAGUAACGUGAAGAUCAGUGCGACCUUUAUCAGUGCCCGAAUAUAAUUUACAAGAAUAUUUGUUUGAACAUGGAGAAAAACAUCUGUUUUUGGAGAUGGAUACUCCGAUUGUGUGCUGGAGAAGAAAAUUGGGUUGAUAGUCGGACCAUCUAUGUCGGACACAAGGAGCCCCCUCCAGGUGCUGAAGCAUACAUUCCACAAAAAUACCCAGAUAAUAGAAUAGUCUCUUCCAAGUACACGUUUUGGAACUUCAUACCCAAGAAUUUGUUUGAGCAGUUCAGAAGAAUAGCCAAUUUUUAUUUUCUUAUCAUCUUUCUGGUACAGUUGAUUAUUGAUACACCCACAAGUCCAGUCACAAGUGGACUUCCUUUAUUCUUUGUCAUUGCUGUCACAGCUGUCAAACAGGGGUAUGAAGACUGGCUUCGACAUAAAGCAGAUAAUGCAAUGAACCAAUACCCUGUCCAAUUUAUUCAGCAUGGCAAACUUGUCCGAAAACAAAGCCGGAAUUUAAGAGUUGGAGAUAUUGUGAUGGUGAACGAUGGUGAAACCUUUCCAUGUGACUUAAUAUUUCUUUCUAGCAGUAGAGAGGAUGGAACAUGUUAUGUUACAACAGCCAGCUUGGAUGGUGAAUCAAGUCACAAAACUUAUUAUGCAGUUCAAGAUACAAAAGGAUUUCAGACUGAAGAAGAUAUUGACAGCUUGCAUGCUACCGUUGAAUGUGAGCAACCUCAGCCUGACCUCUACAAAUUUGUUGGCCGCAUACAUGUUUACCAGGAGAGAAAUGACCCUAUUGUAAGGUCGUUAGGAUCAGAAAACCUGCUUCUUAGGGGAGCCUCUCUAAAGAACACUGAAAAAAUCUUUGGUGUGGCUAUAUAUACUGGCAUGGAAACUAAGAUGGCAUUAAAUUACCAGUCAAAGUCACAGAAACGAUCUGUUGUAGAAAAAUCAAUGAAUGUAUUCCUUGUCGUGUACCUCUGCAUCCUAAUCAGUAAAGCACUGAUAAAUACUGUCCUGAAAUAUGUGUGGCAGAGUGAGCCAUUUCGAGACGAGCCGUGGUUUAAUCAGAAGACAGAAGCAGAGAGACAGAGGAACCUGUUUCUCAAAGCUUUCACAGACUUCCUGGCUUUCAUGGUACUUUUUAACUACAUUAUUCCAGUGUCAAUGUAUGUCACAGUUGAAAUGCAGAAAUUUCUUGGCUCCUAUUUUAUCACCUGGGAUGAAGAUAUGUUUGAUGAAGAAACUGGUGAAGGACCUGUAGUUAACACUUCCGACCUAAAUGAAGAAUUGGGACAGGUAGAAUAUAUCUUCACAGAUAAGACGGGAACAUUGACAGAAAACAAUAUGGAAUUCAUAGAAUGUUGCAUUGAAGGCAAUGUCUAUGUGCCUCAUGUCAUUUGCAAUGGGCAAAUCCUCCCUGACUCUGGAGGCAUUGACAUGAUUGACUCUUCUCCUGGAGUGAGUGGAAAGGAGAGAGAAGAGCUGUUUUUUCGGGCUCUCUGUCUUUGCCACACAGUUCAGGUGAAGGAUGAUGUCCUUGUAGAUGGAGCCAAAAAAUCACCUGAUUCAUCAAGAUCUUGCAUAUAUAUUUCAUCAUCACCAGAUGAAGUGGCAUUAGUUGAAGGCAUUCAAAGGCUUGGUUUCACAUACCUAAGGCUGAAAGACAGUUACAUGGAGCUAUUAAAUAGAGACAAUGAUAUUGAGAGGUAUGAAUUAUUAGAGACUUUGACUUUUGAUUCAGUGAGGAGAAGGAUGAGUGUGAUUGUCAAGUCUGCUUCAGGGGACAUCUACCUAUUUUGCAAGGGAGCAGAUUCUUCAAUAUUUCCAAGAGUAACCGAAGGCAAAGUAGAUCAGAUACGAUCCAGAGUGGAGCGCAACGCAGUGGAAGGGCUGCGAACUCUAUGUGUUGCCUAUAAAAAACUCACCCAGGAAGAAUAUAAUGAGGUUUGUGAACUUCUACACGAAGCAAAAGUGGCCCUUCAAGAACGAGAAAAGAAAUUGGCCGAGGCGUACGAGCUUGUUGAGACAGACCUUACUCUGCUUGGUGCUACAGCUGUUGAGGACCGCCUCCAGGACAAAGCUGCAGAUACCAUCGAAGCUCUUCAGAAAGCAGGCAUUAAAGUUUGGGUUCUGACAGGAGACAAGAUGGAGACGGCAGCCGCUACCUGCUAUGCCUGCAAGCUUUUCAGGAGAAACACCCAACUGCUUGAGCUGACCACGAAGAAGAUUGAAGAGCAGAGCCUGCACGAUGUGCUCUUUGAGCUGAGUAAGACCGUCCUGCGCUGCAGUGGCAGUAUGACCAGGGACAGUUUCUCAGGACUUUCAACUGAUAUGCAAGAUUUUGGCUUAAUUAUUGAUGGAGCUGCAUUGUCACUAAUAAUGAAGCCCCGACAACCUGGGAGCUCUGGAAACUACCGAGAGCUCUUCCUGGAAAUCUGUAGGAACUGUAGCGCCGUACUCUGCUGUCGGAUGGCCCCUCUGCAGAAGGCACAGAUUGUUAAAUUGAUUAAACUUUCCAAGGAGCACCCUAUUACCCUAGCCAUCGGGGAUGGCGCAAAUGAUGUCAGUAUGAUAUUAGAAGCACAUGUGGGCAUAGGUGUCGUUGGAAAAGAAGGUCGUCAAGCAGCGAGGAACAGUGACUAUGCAAUACCGAAAUUUAAGCACUUAAAGAAGAUGAUCCUUGUCCAUGGACAUUUUUAUUACAUUAGGAUAUCUGAACUUGUGCAAUACUUCUUUUAUAAGAAUGUCUGCUUCAUUUUCCCUCAGUUUUUAUACCAGUUCUUCUGUGGAUUUUCACAACAGCCUUUAUAUGAUACUGCGUAUCUAACACUGUACAAUAUCAGCUUCACUUCCCUCCCCAUCCUCAUGUACAGUCUGAUGGAGCAGCAUGUCAGCAGUGAUAUGCUCAAGAGAGACCCUUCACUGUACAGGGAUAUUGCCAAGAAUGCUCUACUCCGCUGGCGAGUAUUCAUUUAUUGGACAUUCUUGGGUGUGUUCGACGCUCUGGUAUUUUUCUUUGGUGCUUAUCUGAUGCUUGAAAAUACGGCAAUGACCAUCAACGGUCAUGUAUUUGGAAACUGGACCUUUGGAACAAUGGUGUUCACUGUGUUGGUAUUUACAGUUACACUAAAGCUUGCCCUCGAUACACACUACUGGACUUGGAUAAAUCAUUUUGUUAUUUGGGGAUCUCUGAUUUUCUACAUUGUCUUUUCUCUGCUCUGGGGAGGAAUUAUCUGGCCUUUUCUCAAUUAUCAGAGGAUGUACUUUGUGUUCAUACAGAUGCUAUCUAGUGGUCCUGCAUGGCUGGGCAUCGUUCUGUUAAUAAUUGUCAGCCUUCUUCCAGAUAUUCUCAAAAAGGUUCUAUGUAGGCAGUUGUGGCCUACAGCAACAGAAAGAACUCAGAAUUCUCCAAGGCAAUGUCAGGACCAUAUUUCAGAAUUCAUCCCUCUCACCUCUCUACCAAGUCCAAGCUAUCGAAGCAAUGAGCUCACCAGUUCCCCCCCGGCCAGCAGGUCUCAUUCUCAUUCUAAAAAAGUGAUGCUGACAUACUGGAAAAGUCAUGAUUAUUCAGUCCUCCCGCUUGGGUUUAAUUUUUCCAAUAACUAUUGCAAGUCCAGUGCAAGACAUUGCUACCAUGGGUCAGGUUUGGAAACGCCCGAAUGACAGAUCACCAAUUCAAGCCUUUAAAGAACUGCAUUUUUGAAUGUGUGUGUGUGUGCGUGUGUGCACGCGUGCGUGCAUGUGUGUGUGUGUGUGUGUGUGUGUAUUCUGUUUCCAGAAGAGGGAACAAAUAUGUAAUAAAACUUAAACUAAGAAGUACUUGGCUCUUACUGUCUGGAGUAAUGAUUAAGCAGACAGAAUUGAGAGCCUGAAGUCUAUGUCCUUCCAGGCCUGAUGUGGCCUCUUCAAAAAAAGUUUUUUUUGAACUGCUAAAGCAAUGAACAUCUUACACAGUCUGGUACUGUGAGGCUGGUAGCACUUAGAAGUCCCCUUGUUCUGUGUUAAAAAGUUUUGGGUUUUUCUUUUUUCUUUGUUUCUUCUCUUUCUUUUUUUUUCUUACACAUACGUUGCUUGCUUCUACCUACCGUCUUCAGUCACUUCCUCUUACUUGAAGUGGAUAGUUUCAAUGAAGGACCUACAUUUUGGUAUCAACAGUUCAGUUUUGAGCCAGAAGCUAUGACCUCAGAUAUCUCCAGUGACAGUUACUUCAUGCAUUUCCCAGAUGUUUCUGAUACUUCUUUUUGUCAUCCUUCUUCCCUGGCUCUCCCAACCACUUUUCCUCCCAUGCUUUGUCCGUAAAACAAACUGACGUGGCCUCUGCGAUCAUAUCUCUUGUCAGGAAACGCACUUCUAAUGCUUGUAUUUUCUGAAGUGGCCAAAUGAAGCAUCUGUAUGGUCAUGUGUAUUGGUUUUCCUAGUAGAAAAAAGAGAUGCCAUUUUUAUGUUCAACCCUCCAAGGGGAAGCUGGAUGUUGUAUGUAGUACUGGCAUUUUGCAUGUCAAACUCAAAAUCACUUGUGCUGAAUGUGUUAAUUUAUCAUGAUAUGUCCUAGAAAAGUUAGAGUGAAUUCAGUUUAUUUUUAUUCCCUCCCCAUCACCUCGAUGCCUCCAUGGAUAAAGUGUUUGUGUGUGACUGUGUGAGCGAAUGUAAUUGGUACCAAUUAGGAAAUGCUGAUAUUUUAGCUUUUCCUCUGAGAGCUCUGAGAUAGUAUUUUGUCAGACUUCAAAGGAUAGAACUUCUUGGUCCCUGUUAAUGGAAAAUUUUAUUCCAGGGCCUUUAAGAAAAGGGGAGCUGAAUUUAGGACAAUUGCUAGGGGACUUUGGCACAAAUGAUUGACUGUAAGGUCAUUAUAUAGCACCCUAUGUUAUAACGAAAAGGGAAGUCGGGAAUCUAGCCGCCUGAUACAUAACCACCAGGUGGCAAUUGUCUUUCAAAAUAGACUUAAAACUUAUUUCAGAUUGAAAGGAUAUAGUUACAAGAUAGCCUUUCAAUUUUUUAAAAGCAAUACAGCCAGCUUGUACUUCUUCCAAGGCUCUCUAGUGUUUACCAGACCUUGUGCUAAUUUUACAACUAGGUUUGUCCUUUGUCUUGGGAUUCUGUCCAGUGUACUGUUUGGGAAGGUGUAAAUGACUGAAGGAUUGCUUUAAAAGUCCCCGUUAUUUUUAACGUACCCAGUGUUUGUUUAUAUGAACACUCUCCAUGACAUGUUUGAAUGACCAUUAAAUUAGCAUAUUUCAAUUUGAGUGUCAAACUUAAACAGUGAAUACUUACUCCUUUUUAGAAAGGCCUCGUCCAAGGACCACAUAUAAAUAACUUUGCCCAUUCCUAGAAUGCCUAGUGUGAUGAUCAGAAAAUGGUGUGUGUGGGAAUCAAUAUUGAGAGCUCGUUCUUAGACAUUUGAUGUUAGUCAUUUGAGAGCAUAGGGUUUUCACCUAUAAAAUAUUUAUUUGAAUUAUAGAGAAUGUUUUUUUCCUAAACGGCGCACUAAUGACAAGAACCAGUGAAUUAUUUUAAAGUUGCUGGAAUAUUUUAAUGAAUUAUGAGCACUUAUCAUACCAAAGAUUAGGCUGAAUAAAGUUUGGCUGUCAACAAGAAGUCAUUUUCCUGCUGCCCUAGAGACUAAAAAGCAUAGCAUUUUUAGCUUGAAGAUUUAAUGUUAGUGUUUCAACAAGAACCCUUUCAGUUUCAAGGAAUACCAUUCUGUCAUGGACUCUGGCAGUAUUAUAAACUUAGUCAUUGCCUCCUUGGAUGUCACACUCAGAAUCAUACCAUUCAUAAACACUGGUGUAUGUAUUUUUUUAAAGAUUUUUUUAAAACCUAAUAUGGGUAUAAAUGUAAUACCUGUAGUGGUGACAAAUUUCCUGUGCAUUUAGUUAACAAAUUAUUUGUAAUGUAUUUUUUUAGAAAUCUUAAAAUUGCCUUUGCACUGAAAUAUUUUUCAUAGCUGUUUAUAUAAUCUCUUUUAUGCAUUCAUUUGUUAACACACCAUUUCUAAUUUUUUAUGUUUUGAAAAGUUUUUUAAUUUUAUGGGUUUUGGCCACUUUCGAUUUAAAUUUCGCUGAUAGUUGUGACUGAAUGUUUAAAAAUCUGAUGAAUGUGAAAAUUUCAGAUUUGAUUUCUUGCUUUCUCUUUCUCCUAAACUAUUGCUGUUUCUGAUGGUAGUAAAUAAUGUAAGGCACAUCUCCAAAUGGUAGUUUGCGAAGUUUUUUUCACCUUAAUCCUUUGUAACUUCAUCCUACUUUGGUUUUUGGGUUUUUUUCCUUUUCUCAUUUCCAUCCUUUAGCCUUAAAUAAGAAAAUUCUUGCUUGGUGAUUGAAUAUGCUGGAUUCCUGCUCUGCCUGCUAACCAAAAGUUUACUACAUCCUUCGGACAAUUUAACUCUUUCAUUGAAAAUCACUAAGACUUUACAGAGUCUAAAAUAUGUUUUAGAAUUUAGCCUGAAUUAUUACAUGGACAUACCUAGAUAUUUUAAAUCGAUUAUGGGGUUGGGAAGAGAUGCAAAUGUUUGGCCAGGGACAGUGAAAUGGAGAAAAGGAAGAAUUGCAUUUUUACAUCCGAUUCAACAGCAGCUUCUUUACAUUAAUUAGUUCUUAUCAUAUUUGCCUUAUAAUGUUGCAGAUUAUAUAAGAACCUGCUUUCGGGCCCUUGGAUUUAAAAAUCCUAUUUACUGCAUUAGAUAUAUACAAUACAGAGAUAAUGAGAAGUUUGUAGUUUCACCAAUGUGUGGAGUUCCUAGAGCGGGGAGUCCAGACACCAAAGCAAAUGACAACCAGUCUGUGACUCCGAAAUUAAAUCCUAAGGAGUUACUGGAGGCGCGUUAAGUGAUUUUUCCUGGGGUACAGAGUGAGUUUCUAGUCAGAAGCAAGAUUUGAACCCUGGUCUUUCUGGCCUAAAGCCCCAGAUUCUAAGUGAUAAAGUUAUGAUUUACCAUGUUUGAAUGCAAACUUUACUGCUCCCGCUCUCUUUCCUUAGAAGUUUUUUCUUUUUAAUAUACCAAUACAUGAGUGAUUUUGUCUAUAUUUUCAUCCCUCUGUUACUUCCAACUCUGGUAAUCCAUGAUCUCAUACAUACAUAUACACACACAUACAUAACCACACUCCUUUCUUGAGCCCUCAUCAUCCUUCUCUUUUUCCUAGGGUGGUUCCAGACUUCGUUCUACUCCCCCCAAUAGAAGUCUUUGUCCACCUCUGGGAAGGCGGGACCCCCUGUGCAUUCAGCUGAUAGGCUCUCGGCAUAGACAUUCUAGCACACCUUUCUCCAGCAGGCACACUGGUUAGGCACCCCAUCACCACCACAAAAUUUCUUUACUGAUGAGUGUAAAGGCUUCCCUGGACAGAGAUCUUUCUCCGUCAGGGACACUCCACCUAAAAUACCAGAAUCUCUGCUUACUAUCCUUCAGUUAAGUGAGCUCUCUGGGGGCCAAAAAGAGGGGAUAUGGCUUCCAAAGAAGGCGCUCCCUGUUCUGCUUAAGUGCCCUCUAGGGAAGGCUGGGCUGCCUGCUGUUUGUUAGGGGAAUAACCCUAUUCCAGAAGUCAUCUGGAGUAAGCCAUUUCUCUCUGUGUCCAUUCCUAUUUCAAGAAAUAACACAAACUUCCCCACAUAUUUGAUUCAGUAGAGUGAACAAGGCAGACCAAAUAAGAAUGAAGUGUGAGAGUUAUAUCUCCCAUUGGACAUUGACAUUCAUUACAGCUAAUGUACACAAAUUGUAUGUACAAUUUAUGUGGGAUAGAUUUGGGAGGAUGAAGCAUGUUGAAGAGGGGAGGAGAAUGACAGAUUGUGUAUCACUUCCUAGCUUGCCUUGAUUAAAUUGUUGCAGCUUUAACAAAAAUGUUUCAUACAUGCUGUUAGAACCGUUUUAAAUAGACAUCAACCAAAUGUUCUGUGAAAGCUGGAGAAAGUAUUUCAGGCUUUGUCUUUUUCUUAACCACUGAAUAUUUAUGUAUUUCUGCACUGGUUAGUAAGAAACGAUUACCAUUGUUUUUAUCUUAUAAUAUCCUUAAGAUUAUUUAUUUGACACAUAAUACAAAGGCUUGGAUCAUACUUUUCUUGCAUUACUCAUUUUUCUGGUGUCACCCAUUUGUCUGGAUCCCAUUGGUAUGCAACUUUCAAACAAGGUGAAAAAUGUCGGUGAGCCCCUGCAAUCCUUAUUUUUUUCUUUUUUUUUUUUUUGAAAGCCAGGGUUUAGGGGAAUGGGGGACAAAAAUCAUUCUGAUAAUGUAUCUAUAAACAAAGCUUUAAUGGAAACUUGUUGGAAGUAUUAUAAAAGUGUGAUUCUACUUUUGCAGAAAAAAAUCUAAAGAUCAGUUUAUAUAGCUUUAUUUUUUACUUUAUCAAAAUAUACAGAAUUUUAAUAUACUGUACAUUGUCUCUGACUGAAAUUAUUAUGUGUGUAUAUGCAUUGCCAUUGAAAGUAUCCAUUCAUUAUGUAACAUAAAGGCAAAUCUUCCAAAAAUGCCAUUGGAGGAAAAAAUAGUUACCACUGUAUUUAACAUAAAUGGUAUCUGUAGUUGUCAUCAUCAUGAAAUAUUGGAAUUUCUUUUUUAAUUGUUAAAUUCAGUAGGUGCAUUUAACAGACAAUAAAUCAGCUUUUAAACAGUAAUGUUUAAUUGAUAACAAUUCAUUAACCUGCUCUGAAAAGUCAAACUGUGGACUCAAGUAAUUCCUACAUUUCUGUAAAGUUUAUUUUGUUUGCUGCUGUUUUUAAUUUUCAUUUCUGAAGGUAUCAAACUAUGACCUGUUAAAAUUCAGUUUUGGACUUUUCUGCCGAUUAUAUAAGCAGGAAAUCAGAUUCUGCUUGCAAUAAAGAAAAAAUGGCUCAUUUAGUUUCUUCAGAAACAAAUAAAAUCUCACAAGGGGUGA